AUGAAGCUUCCGCUCACCCUGCUCGCUAUCGUCUCCUUGAGCGCCUCCACGCUCGUCCCCGUCGCCGAGGUCGAAACCGAUACGGGCCCCAACGUCGCCCACCUUGCCAAACGCAACUGGCCCAAGUUCGUGGAGCACCUCCGCGGUAUGUUCUCUAGACCCUGCCACCCGUCCUUGAGCCACCUGGCGAGCAUUCAUCUCGAUCAGUCUCCCUCAGACUGCGCUGUAUAUCUAAACAUGCCAUCCCAGCGCAAAGCCAUACAUGCCCUGGAUGCCCCAAAGCCCAAUGGCAAUUACUCCCACGUUGUCCGCGAAGGCAACACACUGCACAUUGCAGGCUGGAUGGGCGAUGAUCCCACGACAGGCACCAUUGUCGAAGGAGGCAUAGAAGGGCAAACAGUCCAAGCAAUCAAAAACAUCCAAACAUGUCUCGAAGCUGCAGGAAGUAGUCUGGAUAAAGUGGUCCGGAGGAGGAUAUAUAUCAUGGAUAUGAAGGAGUUUCGAAAGGUGGAUAAGAUUUGGGGGGAGUGGUUUGCGGAGCCGUGGCCGGUUAGUACAUGCGUGCAGAUAAGUGGGCUGGCGAAAGAGGGUGCACUGGUGGAGUUGGAGGUUGUUGCUGAGGUAUAA